GGGACAGGAGUGAGGAGGAGGGGAGGCAGGAGAGGGCAGGCUGUGUUGGUGCCUUGGUGGUUGGCGGGUGCGAGAGCCAAGAGUGCCGUGUGUGAGUGCCGUGAGGCCCCUGCACCGCUCUCCAAGGCUCGGCGGACAAACUUGUAUUGAAGGGUAUUAUGGCCGAGUGAGGUAUGGUCAGCAUGUCUACAGAGCGCGUGGGUGUGAGGAAGAAGCCCGAAGUCAACAAUGGACAAGCCACUACAGGCGCGGCGGCACCGGUGGAGGAGACCCCCAACCACAUCGUGUACAAGAAGAUGGAAAAGAUCGUGGAGCAGAUGCAGCACGAGGAGACGGGAGUGCCUGUGCGUACGGUCAAGAGCUUCAUGACCAAGAUCCCGUCCGUGUUUACUGGCGCGGACCUCAUUCUGUGGAUGCUGAGGAACUUGGACGUAGAGGACCAAACGGAGGCUCUGCACCUUGCACACCUGGUAGCGGCUCACGGCUACUUCUUCCCCAUCGACGACCAUGUCCUCUCCGUCAAGAAUGACUCUACCUUCUACAGAUUUCAGACUCCUUAUUUCUGGCCUUCCAACUGUUGGGAGCCUGAGAACACGGACUAUGCUGUGUACCUGUGCAAGCGGACCAUGCAGAACAAAGCGAGGCUGGAGCUGGCGGACUACGAGGCGGAGAACUUGGCCAGGCUACAGAAGAUGUUUAGCCGGAAGUGGGAGUUCAUUUUUAUGCAGGCUGAAGCGCAGAGCAAAGUAGACAAAAAGAGAGACAAACUUGAGAGGAAAGUCUUGGAUUCUCAGGAGCGAGCGUUUUGGGAUGUACAUAGACCCAUGCCUGGGUGUGUCAACACAACAGAAAUCGACAUCAAGAAGGCGUGUCGGAUGAACAAGCCCAUGAAGUCCUCCAAACACCUGGCGGUAGGGGUGGCGGGGGGCAGGAUAUCACCCUCAGUCUCCGAGGCGGACCUAACCAACCCCGUGGAGUCACUCAAGCAUGACAUUGAUCUGCUGAAGACCAGAGUGGACCGGUGUAACUUCAAGGUGUCAAAGGCAGCAGAAUCGUUUAUCAGUUACUGGGAGCAGUAUCAGGAAUAUGACCCGUUCAUCACCCCGACAGACCCUCCAAACCCAUGGGUUUCUGAUUGUCCAGAUUUCUGGGAAGCAGAAAAAAUUGCCAAAGAAAUCCCCAGUAAACGGGUACGGAGAUGGGCCUUCAGCGUGCAGGAACUCCUCAAGGAUCCUGUUGGACGAGAACAGUUUGUUAAAUUCCUUGAAAAGGAAUUCAGUGCAGAAAACCUAAUGUUCCUUACUGCAGUCCAGGAACUAAAGUGCCUCCCACAAAAGGACGUCCAUGACAAGGUCCAGGCCAUCUGGGAUGAGUACCUUGCCCCUAAUGCCCCUGUGCCAGUGAACAUCGACUGCAGGUCCAUGAAUAUUACCAAGAAGAACAUGCAGAACAGAGAUCGGUGGACCUUUGAUUCAGCAGCUGCACACCUUUAUCACCUCAUGAAGUCGGACAGUUAUUCGCGGUAUCUGCGUUCAGAAAUGUACAAAGAAUUCCUUAGUGGAGGCAGAAAGAAGACUGGAAAAUCCUUUAUGAUACCCAAGCUGUCAACACUCAAUAUUGGGACUAACAGUUAGCCACAUCACAAAAUGUGAAUAUGGGUGGUGGUUGCAUCAGAAGCUGCAUGGACCCUAGUGUGUGGGUUUGAGCAGAUGUCCUCCUGUAACAAGGAUAUAGACAUGUCUGUGGAAGGUAUACACCAUUUGUACAGCCCAAAGAAAGACAACACUCUUGCAGCAUACUGUGCCUGUAAGCUGUUGUAUUGCUGUGGUGCCCACACCUAGUCAGUGGCUGUCUUAACUUAUUUUCUUGCAUCAGUGAAUGAAAAUUAACAUUUGGCAACCCUUGCACAUGUAAGGAUAUAUUUUCAAAGUUCAUUGAUGUAAUACAAUUAAUGUCAUCAAGACUGCCAAAGUGAGAGUGCUUGGCUGACCAUAUCAUUUAUGUAUGGUGUAGCUAAAUGAGUGAAGUAGGAGAGUCAGGCAUGCACAUGGGUAUCCUUCCCAUAAUUAUAAGUAUAUUCAGUUUCCCGUGAUAGAUGCAGCAUCGAGUGACAUUGUUGUAGAAAAUCCUUGUGGUUAUCCUGUUUUCAGCUAGACACAAAUUGUCUCAGAACAUUAACUGUAUUUGUGAUCAUCUAAUAGUGAAGUUCUUCACUAUUUUAGUCAAUUUAAAUAAGGGAAUUGUCAAAAUUCUAAAUUUAAGACAUUUCUUAUACAUAAUGUUUUUGAAUAUUUGGUACUUUGGAAUUUGAAUGAUACACUUGUUUAAUUAGUAAGAGCAGUAACAUUUGUGAAAUCAGUAGGAGAUCAAUGCCAAACUAGAAUGUCAAAAUUUUAUAGUAAUGGCAUUGCAAAGUACAUGGUAAUAAUGUCUUUCAUUAGUGUUGGUUUUGUUAGAGGUACAUGAAGUAUCUAUAUUGUGAUGACUGAUAAUGAAAUUGUUUGUAACCAAGUACAGUAUACCUUCUAUAUAUUUGAAUUCUGCAUAGUGUUUUUCUAUAUAUCAUGACACCCUCAAAUAAUCCAUCCCUAUUUCUUUAUAGUUUGCAGUCAAAGCCUUUUUGUAUUGCAGUAAUUAUGCUAAUGUUAUUAUUAGUUUUAUAUUGCUUGCUGCACUUGUCCUCACAUAAUAAAAUACCCCCUCUUCCUACUUUUCAUGAAGGGCAAUUAAAGCUAAAAUUCUUAAACUAAAGGGGCAUAGUGUCCUUGCCCUAACAGUGCUAUUAUGAAGAUAAGACUCAUGUAAUAUGUAUUUUUUUUUCUGUGUCUAGGCAUCCCUCAUAAUUGUUUCCAUCAGGUUGCUAUAGUAACUUGAAAGUGAUAAUUAUCAUCAUAAGUUAUUACCACUUCCAUCAAGAUUUAUUAUUCAUUAUUGUAUGAAGUGCUUGCUAAGUGUGGAAUGUCUCAUUGAAAUGAAAAUAAUAAUUAUUUUGCCAUAAGUAUUAUUCAAUGUAUGCUUAAAUAUUUAUAUAUUAUAUGAAAAAGAUAAAAUUUUACUGUGGGGAACAUAUUGCUGCUCAUCUUUAGGAGACAAAAUGUAUAGGGCAGAGUUUCAGAAUUAUUAAGUAAAGACUUUAGUUCAAUGCGAACAAUGCAUAGUUGAAUUCUCACUCUUUCAUAUUGCUUCUCACACAUGUCCCACCACACCCCUUGCAGUCCCACACUCACAAACCUUACAAUGCCUUACCCUAUGCUGUGACAACUGCAUGGCUGAGUACAAGCUGCAUAUAAUGGCUUUACUAUUUUUCCUUCUUUGUGUAUGUGUGUUAUUGAUAUCUAUGGAUGCCCCUUUUUAUAUGGAAACAAAUAGCUCUACUAUAUAUAUAUAUAUAUAUAUAUAUAUAUAUAUAUAUAUAUAUAUAUAUAUAUAUAUAUAUAUAUAUAUAUAUAUAUAUACUGUGAUUACUUAUAUCACAAGGAUUCUCACUCUAACUCUUACAAUGUAUGGAAGGUAUACUGUAUGCCCUCAAACCAUUAUCUUCAACCUAUCAAUCAGAGAAUUGAUUCAAGAUGAAAAUAUAUCUAUUCUUCACUUUUCAAUCUUAUCAAGAGAUGGAAAUCAUUCUCUUAAUGAUGUUUACCUUGCAAAAUCAAUCAACUAAUCAUCAACACAGAGGGAGUGCCUGAAAAAGGUUAACUUGAGAUUCACAAUCAAGCCAUCAUGAAAAUUUUCACUACUGAAAGGUGCUACAAUAUUGCAUUUACUUGCAUGCAUAUCACUUGUUUGUCAUGAGACUUCAUGAUGUUUAAUCUGAAGUUUAGCAUUGUCUAAUAGAUGGACAAUUGAUUGACUUAAUUAAUGGCAGUGAUAAAGGUGAAUUGCAAAGGAAUUGAUAUCACAAUUGUCACAAUAAAAGAUGAAUUGUUAAUAUUUGUAAUAAGUUAUUGACUUAUAAGCUGUUGACAACACAGUGAGUAUUAUGAAUCACUCAUAGGUGAGGGUAAUUUAUAAUGUCACUAAUGAAAGACAGAAACAUGUAAUUGCUGGCACAAAGAGUCUAGCAAUAUAUCACAAUGUCACCGGAGAGACUGGCUCCUCAGGCUGUGUGAUGCAGUGAGAGUAGGAGGAGGAAGCUGGUCUAGUCCAGUGGUCAGUUUGGAGUCUCUUUGCCAGUCACAACCUUAUUUAUUUUCUUUGAGCGGACCAAUUUUAUCAUAGAUUUUUAAUAUCGGGGCUGUAAGGGGGACUAUAGCAGGAUUGAACAGUCUUCUGUAAUAUGAUUUAUCACAUAUUUUAUCUUAUCCUGUUACCUACAAUCACAUCUCAGAGACCUUGAUACUUUUAUAGCUUAUUUAAGAAUCCUGAUUGCCCAGUGUAUUGAUGGUCUGCCUUGCAGCUCUUGUAGUGUUCAAUGUUUUGCAAAUAUUUCUGCAGUGACUAACCAUCAAUUAAGAUUGCUACUUCACAGGGUAUAAGAUAACAAGGUAAUUGUAAGCACUACUACCACUUACUUCUCUUUCAAAUAGUGGAAAUGAUGAAGAAUCUAAAUGGUGGUGCUUUCUACACUAUAUUAUGUAUAAUAAAGAUGACUAUCAGGCAAAGGUAUCUUUGCAAGACAUCAGGAACAACACUUGUAAUCAGUUCAUGCAGUUUCUGGUGUCUUUAUAGUGUUUCUGUUAUGGAAAUACAUAAAUGUAGACUGUAGAGUUUCAUAUAUAUUUUCUUUCAAUAUGUCUCAAGGUUGAAUUAGAGAUUCCAUCCAAUAAUACUCAAGUUCAGAAAUCCAAUUAUCUAUUAUUUUGUGGUCAUAUUAAAUUACUAGUAAAACUUUUUUAGAUUUUUUGAGUUCUCAUUGUUCCGAGUGAUCUCUACUACAAAUUAUUUUGAUGUGAGACUCAUUAUUUAUUUGAAUAUUCACACAAUUAUCUAAUAAAAGCAUAUGUAAUCAAUUCCAAAUACAUAGAUAGUAGGAGAGGCAAAUUUGCAUAUUUCUGGAGGCUGCUAUUUGCUCCCUUUGAUGAAAAGCCUCCAAAUAUACAGUUGGGCAAGUUAUGAUGGACCAAAGUUAUCUUUAUCUAAAUCUAAAGGGAAUUUUAUAGUUCAGUUAAUAAAAAUCAAUAUGGUAUACUAUACAAAAAUUCACAACAAUCUUUAUCUUUUGAGAAGGAAUACUAGUAUAAUUAUAAUUUCUAAUGAAACACACCAAUGUGAACUAGACCAAGCAGUGGAUGACAGAUGACAGAGCUUCCUUGGGGGCUGUGUGUGAUGGCUAGGGUUAGCUGAACUUUGUAUGGCUUUUCACAUGAACAGUUUUGCUAUUCUCUAUGUUAUAAUGUAUGUAGCAACAUUAUGGAAGCAAAUUCUGUACUCUCUUGUAUUUAUCAGCAUUUUGGAAAAGUAAACAAGGCACUUUGUAUUAUGAUAAAA